AACACUACAACAUUUGUGUUGAUCAAUUUCAACCUUUACCUGAUGGUGGUUUACUUUUUCAGCGUUAUUGUAGCAAAAACAACCAACGUGGAAUUGAAGGAGGUGUUUCACAAGAUAUUCACCUUCCUCCAAAUUCAGAAGCAAUUAAUGAUAUCAAUAAAUAUCUUUCAAAACGUUCUAAUGGUGCUUCUGAAAAAUUUUAUUUACAAAUUAAUCAACUUUGGCGUGAAACUGGAAUUUGGUAUAAAAAAAAACAUUGUGGUUUCAAUAGAGUAGGAAAUUUCAUGAAAGAUAUUGGAAAAUCCAUUAAAGUAGAUCUUCCACCUGGUAUCUUAACAAACCAUUCUGGUCGCAAAACUGUUGCUCAGAUUCUUCAAGAUGCUAAUGUUCCAGAAGAUGCCAUAAUGGGAGUAACAGGUCACAAAAGCAUACAAGAACCAUCAAAAUCAGUUCUUGGUGAUUCAACUUCAAUAAAUAAUUCUUUAAACAUUAAUAAUGCUAUACCAGAAUUUUCUUUUGACAAUAUGGAAAAGAAAUUUCCUAUUUUUAAUAACUGCCAUUUCAAUAAUGUAACUUUUAAAUUUUAA